AUGUCCAAACUUGAUAGCUAUCACGUCAUGAUUGUCUCAAAGUAUUUCGAAACCAUUAAGGACUUUAUUCGUCUUGAAUUUGUAUGCAAAAAGUUCAAAAGUAAUAUGGAAAAUCCAGACAAUGAACAAUAUGAAGAUGUCAACGAAGAUAUAGUAACUGAAAUAGAAAAAACGUUUUAUCGGAUCAUAGUGUGGUUUAGUGUUGAUUAUAACACUUUUAACAAAAACAAAAAUCGCAACUUUGUAUUCAAAUGUGUGACCUACUCAGAAUACUACAAUACCAAUUGUAGCAGUAACAUCCCAUUAAAUGUAACAACAAUUGAAGAUGGCUGUUUUGAUAAAUAUAAAACUUUGGAAAGUUUUAAGAUUCCAUCAAAUGUGAAAUCAAUUGGCAAAUAUUGUUUUCGUGAUUGCAGUAGUCUCAGUAAUGUGGUACUACCAUUAAUAUUGACAUCACUUGGUAGUGAAUGUUUCAGUGAUUGCACCAGUCAAAGAAGUGUGGUUAUACCAUAUUGUGUGCCAUCACUCGGUUAUCAUUGUUUUGCUUGGUGCAGCAGUUUGAGUAGUAUAACAAUACCCACAAGUGUAACAUCACUUAGUGAAGAAUGUUUCUAUUCGUGCACAAGUUUGAAGAGUGUUGAUAUCCCAUCAAGUGUGUCAUUAAUUGCUAGACGCUAUUUUAGUGAAUGUCAUAGUUUGACAAGUGUGACCAUACCAACAAGUGUGUCGUCACUUGAAAAUGGAUGUUUUGAUGGAUGUGUGUGUCUGAGUGGUGUGAUUAUCCCAUCGAGUGUGACAAAACUUGAU